AUGCUGCGUCUUACAUUAUUUCUGCAGCGAAAGACGAUUCAGUCGUACCCUGUCCCACCAAAAACUCGACAUUUCAACCGUCGCUGGAGCAGCUCACGAACGAACUCCUAUAACCGACAGUAUUGGCGCAUUGUGAUGAAUGAAAACUAUUCCCGGCCCUCAUUUUGGGUCUCGGACUUCCGUCACCGCUACCUCAUGCGGACAGGAUCGGACUUCCAGGGGCAGGUGCCCGCCUCCCCACAGCCAGGGCUGUACCAGGGAUUUAGCGAUGUUCACAAGCUUUUAGCAAACCAUCCAAAGCCUCAGAGGGAGUCUCGUCAUCUGCCGGUGAUGCCAAUGACUCCGCGCGUUGCUUUUGAACAUGCAAAUGAAAAAAAGAUUGACUUUGCAAAAAAGAUGCGCAGUGACAGAAGAAGAGUUGAAGAACUCAAGACCUUGGAAUUUUGGGGAUGGUAUAUGAAACUGCAGCGUGUCCGUGGUCGAUGGUGUCGGGAACAAGGAGUUUCUAGUCGUGGUGUCUACGGUCCUGCUGUAGACGCGGCAGAGUUGUGGGGUUAA